AUGGGUCCAAAGCGAAAUAGCAGCACUGGUGCUGAUGGUGGUAAUAAUAAAAGACGCAGUAUUAGUCUAGAAACUAAGCUAGACAUCAUAAAGAGGACGGAAAGAGGUCAGAAGCAGGUGGACAUAGCUCGUCAUUAUGGUGUGAACCGAUCGAGUAUCGCCACAAUUAUUAAAGAUAAAGAAAGAAUCGUGGAAGCCGUUAAGGAAGCAGCUCCUGUCUUAAUGAGUAGAAUAGUAAAAAAUAGAAAUUUUUUGUUGCACGAGAUGGAAAAACUCUUAAUUUUGUGGAUUGAGAGGCAAACACGCGACCACGUGCCUCUCGGCUCGUUAAUAAUUCAGGAGAAGGCUAGGAGUUUAUUUGAAGAUCUGAAGAAGAUAGCUGGACCCGAAUAUGCAAAUGACUGUUUUUCAGCUAGCUCUGGGUGGUUUUCACGUUUUAAAAGGAGGGCCAACUUGCACAAUUUAAGACUUCAGGGAAAAUUGGCGAGCGCAGAUACUGAAACUGCAAGUGAAUUCCUGAAGUCGCUAGAGAAAAUAAUAGUAGAAGGUGGUUACAAUGCUCAUCAAGUGUUCAGUGUUGGCGAAACGGGACUUUUCUGGAAAAGAAUGCCUUCCAGAACAUACAUUUCUAGAGAGGAAAAAUGUGCACCUGGACAUAAAUUUGCAAAAGAAAGACUAACUCUUUUACUCGGUGGUAACGCGGCCGGUGACUUUAAACUUAAACCUUUGCUCGUGUAUUUAUCAGAAAACCCAAGGGCUUUAAAAGGAACGGUGAAGUCGUCCCUUCCUGUUAUCUGGAAAUCUAAUACGAAGGCUUUGAUGACAAUGGAACUGUUUGAAGACUGGUUUAAGAACUAUUUUGUGGGGGAAAUGAAAAGGUAUUGUGCGUCUAAAAAUUUACCCUUCAAAAUUUUAUUACUGCUUGAUAAUGCCCCUGGUCAUCCAUACUACAUAGCUGAUUUCAAUGAUAAAAUUAAGAUUGUUCUUUUGCCUCCUAAUACCUCUAUUGUUCAGCCGAUGGACCGAGGCAUUACAGCCUCCUUUAAGGCUUAUUACCUAAGGCGGAUCUUUUCUCAAGCCAUUGCUUUUAUAGACAGAGAGAAGAGGAACUUAAGGGAUUUCUGGAAGGCAUACAACAUUUAUAAUGCGUUACAAAACAUUGCUGGCGCCUGGGGGGAUGUAAAGGAAAUGAACUUAAGUGGUGUGUGGAAAAACUUGUGUCCACAGUUUGUGGAUAAUCUAAGUGAUUUUGAGGAGCCGGUAGAAUCCGUGACUGAAGAAAUUGUUGAACUGGGCAAUAAAAUGGACCUCGACCUUGACGUGACCGAUGUUAAAGAGCUUUUGGACUCGCGUUUUGAGGAAUUGACAACAGAUGAAUUAAUUGAAAAAGAGACGCAUCUAAAUCUUGAAGUAAAAGAAGAAUCUGAUAUUCCACAGCCUCCGAGAACAUUUACAAGGCAGAAAAUGGCUGCAGCUUUUAAAUCAAUUUCUGAGGGGUUGGCAAUCUUUGAAGAAGAAGAUGCAAAUAUGGAAAGAAUUGCAAAAGUGAAAAGAGGCGUUUAUGACUGUCUUGCAUGCUACAGUGAGAUUUUUGAAGGAAAAAAGAAACGAACUGUGCAAACUUCUAUAGAAACAUAUUUUAAAAAAGUGAAAAACCCAGCUGUUUCUUCAGUAUCAGACGCCCUUCCAUCUACCUCAUCUGCACCUAUGCAAAAAAUAUUGAACCCUGAUGAAGACAUUGACGAGUAA